UAAAACCUUCAGCCAAUCAGAUUUUACCAUCUGUAAACAUGGCGCCUGACUUUCGGUGGCAGUGUUUUGUGCUCCUCUUUUGUACUUUUUUGCUUUAUUCUACAGCGACUGACGGCAAAGAGAAGCCGAGGAAGAAGAAGGACAUCAGAGACUACAAUGACGCAGACAUGGCGAGGCUACUUGAAGAAUGGGAGAAGGAUGACGACAUCGAGGAGGGAGAUCUUCCAGAGCAUCGCAGGUCUCCUCCUCCCAUUGACUUCUCCAAGGUGGACGCGUCCAAACCUGAAGAGCUGCUAAAGAUGUCCAAGAAGGGCCGCACCCUCAUGGUGUUUGCCACGGUGUCGGGAGACCCCACGGAGAAGGAGACGGAGGAGAUAACAGGCCUGUGGCAGGGCAGCCUCUUCAAUGCCAACUAUGACAUUCAAAGGUUCGUGGUGGGCUCCAACAGGGUGAUUUUCAUGCUCCGAGAUGGAAGCUUAGCUUGGGAAGUGAAAGACUUCCUGCAGAGCCAGGAACGAUGCUUGGAGGUCACGGUAGAAGGACAGGUAUUCCCAGGGAAGGCUGCCAGCAAAGACGACGGCAAACACAAGCAGCAGAAUGACGCGAACGCCAAGAAGACCAAGAAAAAAAAGACGGAGAGUAAAAAGGUAGAUUUAGAGGGGAACAGAGCCAGCGGUGGGAAACAGGAACUAUGAUGGAGUCAUGCAGAUGUUGACCUUCUUUUGUCCAAGAGGCUGCGGGGUCAAAGUCACAAAUCAAUAAACUCAGCAAUCCUCGCUGGGUUGGUUUCUCUUGACUGCUGAGGACACACGUGGGUCAACAUGUAGUCCAGAUAAACACUUGAAAUCGAACACUUCACAGAAAGCUCUAUCGUCAGUCCCGCAGCCCCCCUUUUGGGAUUAGAUGAAGACCCUGAUUGAUGGAUGCCAAUAUCCUUGGAAUGGUGGUAACUUACAACAUCAGCUGAGGAUCAAAUACUUAUAUUACCUACAAUUAAUUAUACCCGAUGUUCUUUUCCAUGGUCCAGACGUGCACGUUGGUGGUUCAAUUCCACCUAGCAACACUUCAAAAUCUGUCCAAAUUAGCUCACAUGUUUUCUUUUUGAUUUUCACUCACCAUAUGAAUAAAUGUUUGUUUUUUUUAAACACUCUUAUGGCUUUUGUUUGCAAAUAUUGUACAAAUUCAAAGCAAUAAACUGGUGUUUGUCUCGAAUGAGGGCAACACGGUAACAUUG